UCUCAAUAUCACCAUUUAAAUGCGAACUCGUUCAACCACGCCGAAUUUGAAAACAGCAUUUUAAAGUUAGAAACCCUUUGAACGUCACGAUGAAAAGUCUCUUUCUCAUACUCGUAUUUGUCUGCCUCGCCUGGUGUGAAAGAACCGAAGACGGAAUUGACGGAACGUGUGGUGAAGAUGAAGAUUGCAGCAUAGAGGGAGUACCGGUAUGCAUUUGUCCUGAGUCAAAGGGGUGCAGCGAGAAGUUGGGUAGAUGCGUAAGACUGUGUGGCGAUAAUGAAGAUUGUAACGAAGAGGGAUGCGUUUGCCCAGAGUCAAAAGAAGAAUGCAGAAUGGAAAAGCGUAUUACCUCUUUGUUAAAUACGGAAAAUGAACAAUUUUCCAGAUGCGGACCAAAAACUGUCGACCGCCGUAAAUUAACAACGCCUAAAAAGUAGGUUUAGGCAAAGAUAACAACAGUUGGAAACAGCGAAGGCUAAAAGAAUCUUACAAGCUCAGUGUGUCCAACAUAUAGUGUUGAAUUAAGAAAACUUGGGUGCGCAUUAUACGAUUCAUUUACGAUGUUAAUUCAUAUAGGCCUAGCUAUCUAUCACAUUUAUAACAUAGUUAAUGGUUGGUUUCAUUAUUGCGGAAGAAGAUUUCAGAAAAUAACAUCAAAUACAUUAAAUUGAAGAAAAUAUAAAAAUUGCAAACUUAUAUAAAAUAAUUAAAAAGUUGAAAACAUUAUUGUACAUACGAAGUUGGAAAUAUCAUGAAUAGCAAUUAUGUUUUUGUUUUUUUUGUCUUGUUUUUUCUCUUUCCUACAUUACCGUUGAACUGUAGCUUUCAUGGAAAAAUGUGAAUGGCAAUGCAGUGUAUCUGUAUCAUAAUACUUUUUCACGUUAGAAUGUCAAAAUAAUAGUAAGCUUAAGUAGAACAAUUAUUUUGAUGUCGUCAAUUUGGUUAAGUGACUGCAACUGUCUAUUUUGUUGCCAGGCAACCAACAGUUAGUGCCAUCAUUAAAAAUCAUAUUUGAAAAAAUAACGAUUUCAGAAAAUCUAGUGUAUUGUUUUUUUCUCAUCACUGUAAUUAUUGUGGACAGUAAUAAAAUAAUUAACAUACACUGAUGUAAGAUAAAUUAUUUGAUGUUCCUGGUGGAGGAGUACGUCGACAUCUUUUAUUUGUUCAUGCAACUGUCUAUUUUGUUGCCAGGCAACCAACAGUUAGUGCCAUCAUUAAAAAUCAUAUUUGAAAAAAUAACGAUUUCAGAAAAUCUAGUGUAUUGUUUUUUUUCUCAUCACUGUAAUUAUUGUGGACCGUAAUAAAAUAAUUAACAUACACUGAUGUAAGAUAAAUUAUUUGAUGUUCCUGGUGGAGGAGUACGUCGACAUCUUUUAUUUGUUCAUGCAACUGUCUAUUUUGUUGCCAGGCAACCAACAGUUAGUGCCAUCAUUAAAAAUCAUAUUUGAAAAAAUAA